UUAAUUCUAAAAAUAAAUAUGCUAAAUGUUGAAUUAACACGCGAAAAUGCAAAAAUGAAUUUGUAUUUAUAUCUAUCAGCAAUUGUUUUACUAAAACCUUACUUGGUAAUAUGCUACAUUACGGAUUUAGAAGUUAAAUUACCUUUAAUAUCUCCAAAGAAGGAAGGUUAUCUUUGUACAUUUGAAUCAAUUGAUUUAGACAAAAUAUAUGCUAUAAAUUUUGAGCCUAGUUUAAAAAACAGGAACGUUGUUGAUCACAUGCUACUUUAUGGUUGUAAGGAGCCAAUCAGAAAAAAAUAUUAUUGGGAUUGUGAUCAAACUAUACCAUGUGCUCAACAGAAUGGUUUGCUACUUUAUGUGUGGAAUAAGAAUAUUUUGCCAUUCAAGUUACCAAAAAAUGUUGGUUAUCAAUUAGGAAUGAGUAAUAAUAUUGAAUACCUUGUUUUGCAAGUUCAUUAUAAUAACUUCAUUUCAGAAAAUCAAAAAGACGAAUCUGGUGUUUUAAUAAGUUAUACUACUAAUCCACCGAAGUUUCUUGGUGGAAUUUUCAUAUUUAAUCCACACAUUACCGCUAAGUCUUCAUUAAAAGAUGUUGGUAACAUAAAUAGUGGCAAUAACAUAGAUAUUGUUAUUGAUAUGGAGUUAGAAUGUACAUAUCAUGGUGAUCCAAUUAUAGCAUUUGCAUAUACUGGUUACAGCUUUAAUAGAGGUUUAACCUCUGCUUAUAGAAUUCGAAAUAGUGAUAGGUAUUUAAUAGGCCAGCUUAAUGCCCUUCAUCUUCAGGGUUUUAUCAUGAUUCCUAAAGAAAAUAGGUCUUUAAUUCAUGGCGCAGAUAUAUUGGCUGCUCAUACCAUCAUUAAUGUAAAUAAAACUGAGUUUUUAAGAAUUAGAAAGAAAAAACAGUUUUUUACCUUCUAUCUUGCGUAUUAUAAAGUGAACACUGGAAACAACUAUGUUAUUGAUGGAUGUUAUCACGUCAAAAGUUUCACAUGGUCAAAUGCUCACUUGUUAAAAGGGGCAUUGUUGGAUAAAGUUGCUCAUGCAAAUACUACAUUAUUACCAUCUAUUCCAUCUAUGAUAUCAAAAAGCAAUGUGUUUAAAUCAAGUAGAUUUUCUAACUAUUCAAAAAAUGAGAAAACAAAUUUAUCUUUAAUAACAUCAAAAUCUAAUAAAUUACCAGAAAGUAUAGAAACAUUUCCUUUGCCUGUCUUUGUUAAGACAUGGAAGCUUAAAGAUGACAUUUUGAAUUUAAUUGCAAAUGUUACAUCUGUUGCAGUUAGUAACAGUGGGAGUAUUAUCAUUUUAAGUAGUGCUGGUAUCUCUAUGGAUGUCGAUUUGUUUGAUGAAGAAAACUACUAUAUAGGUUUACAUGAUCCAAUAAAUGAAAAUAUUAUUUUUAUUUUAAAUGCAGAUGGAAGUCUUAAUAAAACAUUCGGUAAAAACUUAUUUAUCAUGCCAGUGAGAUUAAAAACUAGUCAUCACAGCAACAGCAUAUGGGUUAUUGAUAUUGGACUUCAUCAGAUUUUCAAAUUUUCCAUGGAAAAUCUUUUGGAACCAAGUUUAACAUUAGGCGAGCGACUAACACCUGGUUUUGAUAAUACACACUUUUGUCAACCAUCUGACAUAGUUAUUAUGAAGUCAUUUAUUUUUGUUGCUGAUGGUUAUUGCAACCACAGAAUUAUAAAAUUUGAUGCAAAUGGAAAAUUCUUGAAAGAUUUCACCAGUCCCUCUAGUUCUGCUGAAACCAACCCAUUAGCUCUUGCAUCAGACGACAAUGGUGAACUCUUGUAUGUUGCUUACAGGUAUUCAAUUUUAGUUUUCAAACCAGAUGGAUCGCUAUCACAUGUGCUUGUUAAAGAAACAGAACAUUUAGAGUUUCAUUCUAUAGCAUUUAGCUCUUUGCAAGGUGGUGUUUUGUUUGCAUUAUAUAAUCGUUAUGGAGAAGCUACGCAAGGCUUAACAUUAAAUGCUCAAAGUGGUAAUGUUCUGAAUACUUGGUUUAAAGAUAGAAAGGUUUUUAAUGGUCCAACUAAAAUAUGUUUGUCUACUUAUGAAAAUAAAUUAUAUCUUGCAGUAAAUAGUGAGCAAAAGAUUUUGCAGUAUUACAUUCAAAGUUAUAUGGAGGAGUUUCAUAAUGUAAAUAGGUCUUUUGAUGAAUCUUCGGGAGAUGUUUCAAGUGAAGAUGGUGUUGCUUUGGUCCCUAUUAUUGUUGUAGUUGUUAUUUUGGCAACACCAAUAGUGCUUGUUGCAAUUCUUCUAUUUAUCCAGUUUGUGUAUAAACAUAAAAAAAGAAAUUUCGCUAUUCGUGAACGUGAAUUAAGUCGAAAUCUGCGUUAUAAAACUAUGUUCUUUAGUUGUUGUGCCACACCAAAGUAUCGUUAUUCAGCCGACAGUGGUUUUGAUAAAUUCUUGAAUGACGGUUCGUAUUGUUCAGAUGAAGACGAAAAUGAAAAUCUUUUUACUAGAAAAACCUAAAAUUUUAACAUAAUAUAAUAUAUAAUUUAUACGAAUUAAUUGAUUGUUUAUGUUUUGUUUGUU